AUGGCCUCCAACUCGAUCAAGGUCGUCGCGCGGUUUCGCCCGCAGAACAAAAUCGAAAUCGCCAGCGGAGGAGAGCCCAUCGUCUCCUUCCAGUCCGACGACACAUGUAGCAUCAAGUCUACCGAGGCGUCCGGCGACUUCACGUUCGACCGCGUCUUUGGCAUGGGCUCGAAGCAACACGAAAUCUUCGACUACUCCAUCAGACCGACCGUUGACGACAUUCUCAAUGGCUACAACGGAACCGUCUUCGCCUACGGCCAGACGGGUGCCGGAAAGUCGUUCACCAUGAUGGGCUCCGACAUCGACGACGACACCAACAAGGGUAUAAUACCUCGUAUCGUCGAGCAGAUUUUCGCGAGCAUCCUGACCAGCCCGGGCAACAUGGAGUACACCGUCAGGGUCAGCUACAUGGAGAUCUACAUGGAAAGGAUUCGUGAUCUUCUGGCCCCGCAGAACGACAACCUGCCGGUGCACGAGGAGAAGAACAGGGGCGUUUACGUCAAGGGCUUGCUGGAGAUCUACGUCUCCAGCGUGCAAGAGGUCUACGAAGUCAUGAGAAGAGGUGGAAACGCCAGAGCCGUCUCGUCCACGAACAUGAACGCCGAGUCGUCCCGCUCCCACUCCAUCUUCGUCAUCACCGUCACCCAGAAGAACGUCGAGACCGGCUCCGCGAAGAGCGGCCAGCUGUUCUUGGUCGAUUUGGCAGGUUCCGAGAAGGUCGGCAAGACGGGUGCCAGUGGUCAGACGCUCGAGGAGGCCAAGAAGAUCAACAAGAGUUUGAGUGCUCUCGGCAUGGUCAUCAACGCCCUCACCGACGGCAAAUCCAGCCACGUCCCCUACCGUGACUCGAAGCUCACCCGUAUCCUGCAAGAAUCUCUCGGUGGUAACUCCCGGACAACCCUGAUCAUCAACUGCUCACCUUCCAGCUACAACGAUGCUGAAACUCUCAGCACCCUGCGCUUCGGUAUGCGUGCCAAGUCCAUCAAGAACAAGGCCAAGGUCAACGCGGAACUCUCGCCGGCAGAACUCAAGGCUCUGCUCAAGAAGGCCCAGUCUCAGGUCACCACGUUCGAGAAUUACAUCUCCUCCCUGCACGACGAAGUCAACCAAUGGCGUGCAGGUCAGCCUGUGCCCGAGGAGAAGUGGGUGCCCGCCAUCGAGGUCCAACCCUCCAAGAAGGCCCCGCCCAAGGAGCGUUCGGAUACUCCUUCGGCCGUGGACCGGGUGGCUAACAGGAGGUCGGAGACGCCAUCGAGACCGGACUCUCGGAUGGAUUUCGAGCGUGCUGGCACGCCUACUGUUCUCGACAAGGACGAGAAGGAGGAGUUCCUGCGCCGCGAGAACGAGCUGCAGGACCAGCUUGCGGAGAGGGAGUCUAAUCUCGCCAAGGCAGAGAAGAGCCUCACCGAGGCCAAGGAGGAGCUGUCCUUCCUCAAGGAGCAUGACACCAAGACCAGCAAGGACAAUGAGAAGCUCAACACUGAGAUCAACGAGCUGAAGAUGCAGGUCGAGAAGAUCAACUUCGAGGGCAAGGAGGCUCAGAUCACCAUGGAUGGUCUGAAGGAAGCCAACGCAGAGCUCACUGCCGAACUCGACGACCUCAAGCAGCAGCUUCUCGACGCUAAGAUGAGCGCCAAGGAGACCAGCGCCAUCCUCGACGAGAAGGAGAAGAAGAAGGCCGAGCGCAUGGCCCAGAUGAUGGCCGGCUUCGACCUCGGUGGCGAGAUCUUCUCGGACAACGAGAGGAAUAUUCGCAAGGCCAUUGAGCAGGUUGAUGGCCUUCUCGAGAUCAGCGGCAACGGCGAGAUCGUCGCGCCCGACUCUCUCCGCGAUCUCAAGCAGAAGCUGCUCGAGACCCAGGGCAUCGUCCGCCAAGCCGAGCUUUCCGUCACGGAGCGAAGCGAGCUGGACGAGGAGCACAUGAAGCGCCGUGAGGCUCUCGAGAAGCGCCUCAACCAUGUCCAGCAGGAGUACGAGUCCCUGCUCGAGCGCAACCUUAGCGAGGCGGAUGUUGCCGAGGUCAAGCAGCGUCUUGCCGACGCAUAUGCCUCUAGGCAGGACGGCGAGGCCGAGCUCAUUAACGAGCUUAAGGCGGACCUCGCCCGCAAGGUGGAGGAGGUUAAGGAUCUCAAGUCCAAGGUGGAUGACCUUGAGCAGCGUCUCAAGAGCGGCGCCGGGGUGAACGGUGCCAACGGCGUCGCUGCCGUCAACGGCAAGACGGUUCAGCAGCAGAUUGCUGAGUUUGACGCCAUGAAGAAGAGCCUCAUGCGGGAUCUGCAGAACCGGUGUGAACGGGUCGUCGAACUCGAAAUCUCGCUCGACGAGACACGCGAGCAGUACAACAACGUCCUACGGACGUCCAACAACCGGGCACAGCAGAAGAAGAUGGCGUUCCUGGAGCGCAACCUCGAGCAGCUGACGGUCGUGCAGCGCCAGCUUGUGGAGCAGAACAGCAGCCUCAAGAAGGAGGUGGCCAUCGCGGAGCGCAAGCUGAUUGCCCGCAACGAGCGCAUCCAAAGCCUCGAGAACCUGCUGCAGGAUUCGCAGGAGAAGCUCACGGCGGCGAACCACAGGCACGUUUCGACCCCGAAUCAAUCUAUUUCCUACAAGACAUAUAUCUCUCGCACCGCAAACAACCCUACUUCAUCUCCUUCACCGUCCCUAUCUGCCACUCAUCUCGCAUCCCCCCCCGGUUCGGGGCGCCCGCGCAACAGGUUCGAAGCUCAGCUCACGGCCGUCAAGGAGCGGCUCGAGGCGGCGAAAGUCGGCUCCACCCGAGGACUGGGCGGCCCUCUCUCCGGGGGCGCCGGCCUGCCCUUUGGCUCCCGCAUCGCCAAGCCUCUGCGCGGCGGCGGCGCUGCCGCAGAGGCCGGCCCCGUCGCUUCAAUUGCGAGUCCUGAGCAGCCGAAGCGCAGCUCGUGGUUCUUCAACCAGCGCACCUAA